AUGCAGCGUGGCGACGCGUGGACGGCCACCGGCACCGGCUACGAGCCUCGUAGUGCCGCAUCCAAUACUACUGGACGUCCAGACUUGCGGUGGGGUCGUCUGACCUUCGCCCAGCUGAGAGACGAGGAAUUCCUGGCCAAACAACUGAGACGCAUCGAAAUUACGCAAGGCGCCCGUCGAACAGGUCGCUCGGCACAUAAUGAGACGGUGCUCUUAGUGCCGGACAGGACCAUUCGUCAAUGGUUGCUUGCGGCACAGACGAAAGCGGCCCGAGGGGUGUCGGAAGACGACGAACUCGACGCGAAAGAGGACACGACGACGGAUGCAGCCACCGACAAUGAAGACCGGAGUGAACGGGAGCUCACGAACGCGCUGUGUGUGCUCGGACGCCUCCGGCAGCCAGAACUGGCCGCCGUCAUGGUAGCCGACCUAAAACAGGCACUGCGUUGGGUCUGCACGUUCCCGAAUCCAAUCUACCAGCUAAUCGCCUUACGUCGUCAAUUAAUGAAGAGCAUGCACGAGGCGGUAGCUGCUCAGCAUCGACACUGGAUAGCAGCAGUUCAAGUGAAUAUAUCCAUCGCGAAAAGCUUGGAGAACACUGUACUACCGCCGGAUACUGUAGAAGACCCGGUCGGCCUUUUUGGACCAACCAAACCUAAGGACAAAGUGACGAGGGAAGCAACACUAGGCAUCCAAGUGCUCGUGUGUUUACUGAACGACUUACACGAUGCUACAGUGACUCAAAGACGCGAGUUUCUUGAAGACCUACUGCCAUUUCUACGCUCCAUGGGCUUUCUAGCUCUCUGUUCAAGACGACAUAGUGGUAUUGUUCGGGGCUCAUCACGCAGUAUGGCUACAUGUUCACCCGAAGCUGAGAUCUUGGAGUUUACGGACAAGAUCCAGCGUUUCUUGCUGGAUAUGUGUCCACGCUCCUAUACACUCCCUACGACGUCCCCCAAACUACCGGCUAUCUCGUCUGGAAACACGGAACAGGAUGUAAUGGACCGUACUAACGCAGUGAAUGGCUUGAUCCACCUUGCCGCAGCCACAGGCUCAAUUAGAGACUUCUUAGUGGUCCUUAAAGUGCUUCUCGGUGUUAACAACAACGCGUCCGAGUCGAUGAAAGAUCUACGACUUUCGUCACGUUCGCUACUCACGUCCUCCGUCCCGUCACUCACAACUGUGCGCAGUGAGGAGCUCCUCCCUAAUUCCAAACGAGAAGACGAUUUGACGCAGAUACACUUUAAACCUGGAGCGUCUUGUCCGUAUUCCAAUAAACCACAAACGGAAAUCUUGGGAGAUAGCACGACGCAGGAAACGUUUAAGAAAAAAACAUUGAAAGGGGUCAAAACGAGUGCUCAUACUGUGAGUCUCGCAAUGCAUCAUCGACUGCUGUACAGUAGUCCAGGCAACAACCUCGUGAAUAUACAGAGGACAAAGGAAGAGCUCAAGGACGCGUUGGUGAUGAACGCAAGUCUGUCGCUGGAUAUGACCAAGAUGAGGGACUCGACUAAGAGUGACACGCCAGUCCUGACCGCGAGGUGUCCGAAAUUUCGAACGCUCAACGAUGCAGUUGACUUAGCUGAGCGUCAGACUUCCAGGGGAAUGCCAGAUGAAGGGUUUGAACACAUUUGCUAG